AUGACACAACAAGUUUGGCUUAAUGGUAACCUUGAUGGUUCACGUUCGGCCAGCGCCUACGAUGGUUUGUGGGGAAUAACAACUAUUGGUGUCACUUUUCAAUCAAACAAUCCACCUGUUUUUAAUGGUUACAUAGACAAUGUACGAUUUGAGGCUAGAGCUAAAAAUGCGACUGAAAUUUUAAAUGAUGCUACUCUACAUGUUUACUACUCAUUUGAUGGUGGUUCACUUACUGACAAUGGUCCCAAUGGUAUCAAUGGAACUGCUUAUGGAAAUCUAUCAAGUACAACUGGUCGAGUUAAUCAAGCAUUGCAAUUUAACUCAGGACCUUAUAUAUACUAUUCAUAUACUCCAUUUUACUUUUUGGGUAUCAGCGGUCAUCCACUCACAAUAGCCUUAUGGGCAAAGCCAACGGGAAGUUAUGCACAACAAACACUUGUUUUUGUAGAGCUGCCAUCUGGUUGGUGUAUUCACUAUUUAGUAAUGCAAUCAACUGGACAGUUAGUUGCCAAUGGUUGGAAUGGUGUUAUCGUAGCCACAAAUGGUCCCAUCCUACCAUUAAAUACUUGGACACAUAUUGGCUAUACUUAUAGUACAACUAACGGUAUUCGAUUGUAUAUAAAUGGUACCCAAUACUCGACGACAGGUUCUUUUACGUUGUCAGGCUCUGGUUUUCCGAUGCGUAUUAUAUUGGGUGGUGACAGAGCUAUUCGUCAAUAUAUGUGA